UCAAAAUACUACUACGUCGAUCAAGUAAAAUGGCUUGUUCAAUUGAAUAAAUGCGUCAGUUGAAACAAUCGGUGAUGAUCGUGAAUAUGAAUGAUGAUCCUGUAAAACCGAACAAUAAAUGAGAAAAGGUUAUACGUAUUAGCAAGUUUAUAAAUUUGAAUGAAAUCAUGAGACCUGUUCAAAGAAGGCAACAAGGGCUGCAAUACGGCAUUUAUUUGCUGUGUAUGCAAGCUGUGAAUUUUGGUAUUGAGCAAAUUCCACCAGCUACUUUGAUAUUAAUUAUUCUACAAGUUCUGCUAUAUGUUGGCUUAAUAAAAGUUCCAUGGAAUGCAGAAGAAGUAUGCAUAUCUGCAGUAAAAAUAUUUAAAUACCGUGAUUGGAAAUCUUUUAUAGUAUCAAAUUUUGAACAUGGCUCAGAUAUGCAUCUGUAUUAUAAUAUGGUGUCAUUAAUCUUAAAGGGUUCAUAUUUAGAACCCAUGUAUGGGACAAUAAAUUUUGUUAUUUUAUUAGCUGUCCUCUCGCUUGGAUGUAGUGCUGUGUAUACGUUUUUGGGUUACACUUUAAUGCAUUUAACUGGAGACUAUGGAUAUUACACACAGUGUGCUAUUGGAUUCUCUGCUGUUUUGUUUGCAUUAAAAAUAAUUGUAGUUUGUGAAGAACAUGAUAGAAUACAUGAUGUUGGUGGAUUUAGAGUUCCUAGUAAAAUAGCUGUUUGGGUUGAGUUGGUAUUAAUUCAUCUGUUGGUUCCCCAGUCUUCAUUUCUGGGACAUCUUGGAGGUAUUUUGGCUGGUUGUUUAUAUUGUUAUACUUUUGUUGGCGAAAUGAUUGACAACUUAAUAUAUAAUAUGAGUGGUACUCCUAUUAUACAUGAAGAACAGUUUUAUAGAAGACGUGGUUCACUUUUUAGAUAAAUUUAAAUAUAAUUUAAUAUUUAUUGAAUUUAUAAAAGGUGGAAGCAAAUAUAGUUCCGUUAUUUAAUUUAUUAGUUAUUAACAACACAACCCGCGACUUGACACUUUUUGGAAAGAUAUACUGUUUGUAUGAUAUACAUAUGUACAUAUAAAAACUGUAAAACUGUAUUUUAAAUGAUCUUACGAACAAUAUUUAUUACAAUAAUAAAUUAAUUUUCUAUUAA